GGAAGCCUACGGGAAUAGAAGAGAAGUAUCGAAAUCAAUCCACAGGUCGAAAGCUCUGAUAAAUUUAGCCGUCGAUUGCCACCAGGAGCUGCUCGAAGGAAUCGUAGGAAUUGAGAAAUGGAGAAAAUGAUGCUGAUGAGAUCGUUGUGCCGGUCAAUCGUUCGCCGAUCUCAAAUUUUUUCGUCUUCCGCUGCAGCGGCCGGCACCGCCGUCCGCCGCCUUCAUUUCUCUUCCGCUCCGCUCCCCGCCUCUUCGCCUAAUCAAAAUCGCAUGCCUCCUUUUGGUUUACGCCUUGGGGGCACACGUUCUUUCAGUGUAGAGGUUUCGCAAAUGCCUGAUAUUAAAGACCCAGAUGUUAAAAAUGCUUUUAAGGAUUUAAUGGCCGCAUACUGGGAUGAACUCCCGCCUGCAGUACACGAGGACGUAAAAAAGGCAUUAACCAAAAACAGCGAUGACAAGGCUAGCCAGGAAGCCCUGAAAAAUGUGUUUCGAGCUGCAGAGGCAGUUGAGGAGUUUUCAGCGAUGGUCAUCUCGCUAAAAAUGGAACUUGAUGAUGCUAUCGGGGCUACUGGCGAGGAUGUGAAACCACUCUCAGAUGAAUAUAUCAAUGCUUUGAAGACGAUCUUUAACAGAUAUAACGCAUAUCUGGCUUCAUUUGGUCCGGAUGAAAUUUAUUUGAAGAAGAAGGUUGAGAUGGAGUUGGGAUCGAAGAUGAUACACUUGAAGAUGAGGUGUGCUGGCCUUGAUGCCACGUGGGGAAAGGUUACUGUCCUGGGGACUUCUGGGCUCUCCGGUUCUUAUAUAGAGCAAAGAUCCUAAACAUUAGGGGUACCUAAUAUUUGAAUUUUUUCUUGUCCGCGUCGCCUGCAGUGUUUGUUCGUUGCAAAAGAAGUGACGGUAACGUUGCCGAGAAAUUUCUGCUACUAGUUUAUUGUUCGCUUGUUCUCUUCUGUUUUCGAAUAAAAACUUGCAAAAUGUUUUGAUCCUUUCGAUGGAAUCACAUUUCCAAUAACUAUUA